AUGGGAUCUCCUUUAUCCCCAGUCAUUGCCAACAUCUUCCUCGAAGAAUUCGAACAGCUGGCUAUUCAUUCCGCCACCCGACAACCCAAACUUUGGCUACGAUACGUCGAUGACACAUUUAUAAUUUGGCAGCACAGCAAGGUGCACCUAGAUAGUUUUCUAGACCACCUGAACUCUCAGCACGGUGCUAUCUUGUUUACCAUGGAAGAGGAACACAACCGCUCUUUACCUUUCCUUGAUGUUUUGGUCACCAGGCAGAUCUCAGGCAUUUUAUCGCAUUCAGUCUACCGCAAACCAACUCAUACCGACAGAUAUUUGAAUAAACGCUCGUUUCACCACCCAUCUACCAAGAAAGGAGUUUGCAACACACUUAUCAGAAGAGCACAAAGCAUCAGUGACCACAACUCCAUCCAGAAAGAGAUGCAACAUGUAAAGGAAGUCCUGAAACUCAACGGUUAUAACAUGAGAGAUUUGAAAAUACACAAACGCAGCAAUAGCCAAGAUGACACGGAACCUAGAAAGUCUGUAUGUUUACCAUUUUUGGGACAGCUUCCUCACCGUAUUCAACGCAUUCUACAACUAGCCGAUAUUAAAGUUUUUCAUAGUGCACCCAACAAACUAUCAAGGACUCUUCAAACUCACAAGGAUAACCCACCAGCCAGGAGUUUAUCGGAUACCAUGCGAAUGCGGAAAGGUUUACAUUGGUGA